AGUCCGGCGAAUUAGGAGUAACUUCCAUAACCGCUGUGGAAGUUACCUAGGUCGGACGCUGAUGAACUCGUCCAUCCAUAGUCAGGAUGGACGACACCUCAAGGAUGAUCUCGUCCAUCUUCAGUGGAAGAUAACGAGAUCAUCUUGGAAGGCUUGACGUUCAUAACUGAUAAAUAGAUCUCACGAGGUAUUGCUCGUCCAUGUAUGGACGAGGUUCGCCAGUACGCUUGUAAUUUUCAUCGCCUAUUGUAGCUUCUUUUGUUGGACGAGACAUAUGGACGAGUUAUGGACUUGGGGAUUUAUUUAUGACACCAUCAGUUGCCCCCUCGUCCAUGUGAGUCGUCCAAAUGGUUGAACGUCUUUGGACUGGUAAUUGGUUAUUAAUUAUUCGCACCACGUGUCAUUUUUUUAUUGGUGGCUAAUUUCGUCGAUUUAUAUUUCCGAGGUAGAUGCCACGUGUCGCUUUCGUAUUGGCUGGGUCGUUUCGAUUACCUAGGUCAGCAUCCUAUAAAUAGUGGAAUGCCUCCCUUAACCCUUUUCAUUCCAGAGAUUUUCUUCCUUGACAUCCGUCGUCUAGAGCCUCGUCUAGGAGUUUCUCUGCGUCUAGAGUCUUCUUCCGUCUAGAGCCAGGUACUCUUCUUCUCCUCGUCUUUAGGUUUUAAGUUUCUUGUUAGAGAUGUCCGCUGCCUCCUCGUCUACUGAUAGCCUUAAUAAGGCCAUAGACGAGUACUGUGAGGAUACUAGUGAGAGGUCUAACUCUAGCAGUGCUAGUGAUGAGAGUGGAGGAAGCACGGACGAGAACUACUCUUCUGGGGCCCCUGGGCUCCCUAUUGAGGUCGUCCAAGAACAGCUUAGGAGAGCUUCUGGCUCUCAAGCUGGUUCUCCGUCCAAUCCUACGGACGAGGUAGAAACCGUCUUCAGCUGCGCUGUAGGCGUCCAUUCUAAGACGGACGAACAGAGGUUAAAUAGCCUUAAAUCCUGGUAUCAAAUCCCAGACGAGUUUAACCCUAGGCUGCCCGUCCGUGGAGAGUGGUGUUGUGAGCCCCGUUUUGGUAUAGGCGUCUAUGAAUCUUACUUUUUAGGUGGCCUUAGGUUUCCUUUAAAUGCCUUCGAUAGAGAGUUAUUAGUUAAGUUAGGUUUAGGUGUUUGUCAAUUCAAUCCUAACGCAUGGAGACUAAUUAUCUCCAUGCAAAUUUUGUGGAGGGAAGUUUUUGGUGGGGACCGUCCUCUUACAGUGGACGAGUUCCUUUAUUGUUAUAAACCUUCUGCCAUAAGUCAAUCUGAAGGUUUUUAUCAGUUUACUGCUAGAGGGAAUGAUUGUAGGUUGAUCAAGUCCCUAGCUUCGUCUGAUAGGAAAUGGAAGACGGAGUUCAUUUUCGUUUCAGGCUUCUGGGCAGGGAACCCUGUGGACGUUGGCAGGGAUCCCUUUCCCCCUUACACUGGGGAACUAGGGAACCUUCGUCCAGAAGCUGCCAAACGUCCGUCCCUGAGUAAAUUCCAUCGUGACCGCGUCCAUAGAGCUCGUCUACAUACAGACAGGAGCUUUCGUUCUCUUGUCACGCUAAGACGCUUAGCCAAGUGGGGUUUAGGUCCUGAGCCUUCAGACGAAGCUAUCGCCCACGAAGUUACUGUGCGAAAAAGAAUGUCAACAAUGAAAGAGAAUAGAGGGAAGGAGAUUGCAGGAGAGGGGAAACGUCCUGAGGGUCAAGCCCAAGAUCGUCCUGAGGGUCAGACUCGUCCAACGGCUGGGGACAAAAGGAAGUUCUUGCCAAAAAAUAUUGACUUGGAAGGGCUCCCCAGUCGUAGGGACAAAAGGGUCAAGUCAGGCUCGUCCAAGGUGGUCAAGUCCAAACCUCCCCAGUCCCAGCCUGCCGUCCAGAUAGUUGAUGUGGACUCGUCCACUCCAGUGGAGUCCACGCCGUCCAAGACUCCACCCAGAACUCCUUUGGCCAAGUCUACCACGCCUGGCUCGUCCCAAUGGCUGUCAAGGACGAAGAUAUAA